GCACCCCCUUCUUUCAAGGUACCCACGGGGGUGCAGUUCAAAAGGAUGUGUAUGAACGAAAUAGCGUUACUCGAUCGUGAAAUGGCUAAGGACGAAGGAGUGCCUGUAAUAACUAAACGCUAUAGAAUUCCGUACGAAGAAAUGAGACCACCUGAAAAAAGAAGAGGAAUGUUUAGUUGUCAACGAGGGAUUCGAUCGGAAGAUAUUCUUCGACCAAUUGAAAGAAACACAAAUUUUUAUGGAACACCUCUUCCGAUUGUUCAGCAUUUGAAGUUUUGUAAGAACCUCGAGCCCGCGAAGAAGAUGGAGAUACCUUUACCAGAAACUACGGUCAAUGUAAAUCAAGCGCCUCAGAAACGUUCCAGGAUAGAACAACUGAAAUUUCUUGUUCAGCAGAAAGACACCCUCCGUUGUAUGUCUCCAACAGCAUAAAAUAUUUUGGAAUGGACC